UAACUUCAUAACAUCUCUUCAUCAGUCCGACAGUAAUCACUGAACGGGAUAUUUUACCAGCCUACACUAACUACCUGACGCUCGUGCCUUCUUACAGCUCCUCACCUUUGAGUGUUUGUGUGCGCGCGCACUUGAUAUACAUUUCUCCUCAAACAGGUUGGACUAGGACACACCUGCAGGGAGAAGAAGAAGAAGAAGGGAACUUUGUGUGGAUUGACUUGACUCCAUCUUUGAGCUCUGAGGACGACGGACGCACAGAAAAUCACCAGGAGGAAACUUUCUAAUCCGGUUUUAAAUUUUUUCAAAACCAGUCAUGACAAUGUGGAUUGUGCUCGUGCUGGCUGCAUUCGCGGCCGGAGCUUCGGCGCAAACCUGUAAACCUUGUGAUACCAUGAAGUGGGCCACUUGUGAUGGACCUCCAUGCUCGUGCUUCCUCUUGGUCGGCAGCAAUAUGAAACAAACUCUGAACUGCGAUGCCCUGAUCCCAAAGUGCUUUCUGAUGAAGGCUGAGAUGUACAGAGCCAAGAAGGGCCUGGGCACCCGUACCAUUGGGGGAAAACCGGUGGAGACCGCCUUUGUGGACAACGACGGCAUCUACAACCCUGAGUGUGAAAACGACGGCAAGUUCAAGGCCAAGCAGUGCAACGACACCUCGGAGUGCUGGUGCGUCAACAGCGCUGGCGUUCGGCGCACAGACAAGGGGGAUAAGGACCUGAAGUGUGAGAAGCUGGUGGAGACAAACUGGGUUCGUCUUCAGCUCACACACAAACCAGUGGAGGGUGAAGUGGAUGCUAGCAAGAUUAAGAUAGCCAUCGCAGAUGCAAUCCACAAGCGUUACAAGAACUUUAACAAGGAUUUAGUGGAAAAUGUUGAGUAUGACAAAGACGCUCGCAUGAUUGUCGUGGAUGUGAAGAAGCCAAAAGGAGAACGCAAGUCCGACCUGACCAACAUGGCCUACUACAUGGAGAAAGAUGUGAAGGUGCUGCCCCUGUUCAAGGAUCAAGAAAAGUUUCAGCCAAUGGUGGGCACCAAGAAGCUGGACAUGGAGAAAAUCCUAGUGUACUACGUGGACGAGGAGGCCCCCACCUUCACCAUGAAGAACCUGUCAGGUGGCAUCAUCGCUGUCAUCGUGGUGGUGAUACUGGCUGUGAUCGCCGGCCUGCUGGUCCUGUUCUUCGCCAGAAAGCGUCAGAAUCAGCGGUACAACAAAGCCCAGCAAAGAGAGAUGGAUGCCAUGUAAAGUCUUCAUCUCAGAGGGAGGAGUCUGGAGAUUCAGCUUGUACAUCACCCUUUUUGAUGAACAUUAUUUGCAGUGGGACGGUGCCAUUUUCACCAUUUUACUUGAGGAAUGCAAAAUGUAAAGAAACAAUUAACUUGGUUUUAUUGUUUUGAUGUUGUCGGCACUACUGGCGUGAACAUUUAUUUAUGAUAUGUGUAAAGUCUAAACCCAUCAUCUAAUCUGUAUGCCAUAAAGAACUGUGCUUUUAAAAACAUGCCGCAUUUUGAUGUUGAAAGUUUUAAAUUCAAAGUCAUAGAUUGUACAGUUUCUUUCUUACUAAUGUGUGUCUGUUGGAUUGUUUUUAAUAAAAUUGUGU